AUGAACCGUUGCUCAUGUGAGCCAGUCGGCCACGUCGUCGUCGUUUUGCCGUUACUGAUUAGUCAGUGCUUGUUGGCGUGGGCCCCUUACACAAAAAAGCGGUUCGCUGACCGAGCUGAGACGAAAAAACACCAACACACGGCAAUGGUGAGCCACCCAUCGGCCCAAGCAAAAACACACACUGGACAGCAGAAGCUGGAGAGAGAAAGAGAUACGAUGCGGAUUGAUGCGUGA